GCACGCUCGCCGCCGCCGCCGCCACCAUCCCCGCCGGCAUCGCGUCCACGGUACGGCGAAAAUCUGGGGCUGAGGAGAAAGGAGCAGCCUCUCUUUGUAGCUGGGAGCUUCAGGACAAGAUGCACUUCCUUGCAUCAUUUCAUGGCCCUGCAGGUUUUAGCUCUUUAUCAGUUUCCCUGGGAUGGAUUCCAAGAAGUUCCUGCAGAUCCUCGAGGAGAAGAAGAAGAGAGUCCUUGAGAAGAAAGAAGCCCCACUGAAAUGGCAGCAGAAACUGGAAGCAGCAAUUAAAGCCACUGAAGAAAAGGAGAAGAAGCUCAAGUCAAGAAAGCACAGGAGGAGGAGGAGCUAUUCUUCCUCAGAGUCUGACAGUGAGUCCGAGAGUGACUGUGAUCGGAAGCACAGGAAGAGAAAGGAGCGCAGAAGGCACAAGAAGCAUGGCCACUCUGAUUCUGAUGGCGCUAGGAGGCGCAAGCGCAGGUCAAAGAGAAGGAGCUCAGACUCUAGUGAUGAGAGUGAUAGUGAUGAACACGAUAGUGGUUCUGAGGAAGAAUGUCGCAGGAAGAAGCACUCACACAAGAGAAAGCAUCGCCGGCACUCUGCAAGGUCAGACUCUGAUGGUUCAGACUACAGUAGUGAUGAUGAAGUGCGGAGGUCAACCAGGAAGGACCACCAUUCCAGGAGUCACAGACGCCGCCACAGGUCAUCAGAGGAUGACCCUGAGGAGAAGAGCAGAUCCAGACACAGGAAGCGUCAUAGGUCAAGUGAUGAGGACAUUCCUUCAGAUUCCGACAACCACAAGCACCACAGGAGCCGCUCCAUAGGAGAUUCCUCAGAUGAUGGAGCAGCUAUUGGUGAACCAGAUAAGAUGAAUGGUAAAGGGUCUCACAAAAGCAAACGCCAUCACGGUCACCACCAUCACCACAGUCGUGAUGACCAUCGCCGUAGCAACUCUGUUGGAGGAUUCAAUGACAUGGCGCAAGUGGAGAGAGUUAACUCCCUAUGAGUCAGUGAGAGAUAAAACAGCCCCAGAAAUCAAUUGGCUGGUGGGUUACCGUCGUGAGGGAUGAAGGUGAUUUGUCUUCCAUAAUGUUACCAUCUUGGCGGUGAUUUGUUUUCCAUAAUGUUACUCUCUCGGCUUAGUUGCGAGUUCUGAAGCCUGUAUCCUGUUGUACUGAUACAUAUGGUGACAUUAGAUGAUGUUUGUUUCCCAUCAUUUGCUUUUUUGGGAUAUGUUUGCUUGGCUAGUUUGAUGGUUAAACAUACUGGUUUGAUAA